AUGGAUUUAGAAACUACAAAAAGUGUUAAUCCAUUUUUAGUGGAUGAUGAAACAGAUUUUGUUGGAUUAUCUUCAAAUACCAAUGUCUCUUCAAAUCCUUUUUUGACAACGGAUAUGAGCUAUGAGACGGUCGGAACAGAAAAUCCGUUUUUAACAGAAAAUUAUAUAGAAACAAAUAAUUUGCCAGAAACAAAUCCUUUCGCUACUUUUUCUACCGAAUACGAUCAAUCUGUUACACAAAAUCAGGUUGAAACAUGGCCAUCGACAACCGAGAAAGAAGUUCCCGAAAUUAAGAGCAAUGAUUUAUUUCAACCGGAAAUAGUUGAAGUAGAAAAAUCAUUUACAUCAGAAUCAGAAGUUAGACCGAAAGAAUUAGAAUUAUUAACAACCACCACGACGAACAAUUAUGACAAUGAUUUUCUACUUUCCUCCGACGAAGAAGCAUCGAAACCGAAAAAACCUCCUCCUCCGCAUCCGACAUUGCCGAAAGAGACUCACGAUCUUAUUUUAAGCGUUACGGGAGCUUUGGAAGCUACAAGUCAUCAUUUACUAGAUCGCCUUCCACCGACUCGAGCACCGAGUCCUACAUCAUUCCCUGAUUUUCAUUCGCUUAGCCCUACUCCUGAUGCAUUUACGGAUUUGCUGGGAACACCUCAAACUGAAUCAGUUCCGGAAAAUUUACAAGACUUUUCAACUGUUGAAAAAAAUAAUACUAAUAAUAACAAUAAUUUAAAUAUAAAAUUUGACAAAGUUCCACCUCCUAGGCCACCUCCAGCUCGACCAGCUCCAGCAAGGCCUGCUCCUCCUAAAACUACAAACGUGUCUUCGGUUCAGCCACCGAAACAAAAUCAAGAAGAAGAUAUGUUUGAUUUAUUUGGAACAUCUGCUCCACCGCCCCCCAAAACUAAAGAUGCAAUUUUGAAUUUAUAUUCGCAACCGAAGGCUCCACCUAAAGACUUGUUAACUGAUGAUUUAGAUAUAUCUUCGUCUACUCCACCUUUACUAAAUAACGAAUUAACUACCGCAGUAGAAACAACAGAACUAUUCACUUCUAAAGAAGAAUCGGACUCAAAUAAAGAAAUUCAAAUUGUUGAUUUUAAUGUUGUUGAGCCAGACCAAAAUUUAAAAACUGCAGAACCUGCAUUCGUGAGUAAAUCCGUAACGCUCGAUGAAAUAGAUAAAUCGACAACAAGUUUACUUGAAAGUAAUCCACCGACAAAUAUUAAUAGUGAAAUAGAACUUACCGUGAAUGAAGAACCUCUAAUUAUGGAAGAGAAUCCCAUGGACUCGAAAAUUCUUGCAGAAGAGGAGACUCAUUAUAUUUUUGGUACCAAACCUCCUGAAAGGCCGCCGGCUCCUCCUCCUCCUCCUCCGCAUCAUCCUCCAUCAUCUGUUGAACAAAAUACAGAAAUAUUAAAUUCUGCUCAGCCACUUAACAUAAUUCCUAAAAUAAGUUCAAAACCAUUAGAAACAGCAGAACUGAUAAAUAAUAAUUCUUCGUUUGAUUCUUUUGAUGCUUUUACGAAAAAAUUUGAAAGCACCGAUUUGAAAUCUAACACAGAAGUAUCCGAAGAUAAAUUUUUCGAUCCAUUCUCAGGUUCUGAAAAACCAUCAUCGUACAAUACUUGGGGAACAACGCAGAACACGGAUUUAGAUCAGCAAGGUUUUGGUACGGAAGACACGUUUGAUGCAUUUUUAUCCAUGUCUCAGCCAAGUUCGGAAAUUCAACAAAAGGCAAAUAAGUUAAACAAAACAGAAAGCGAAGAUUCAGAAGGCGGAGGUUUUAAUAUUUUUAUUAAACCGCGAGAAGGUUUUAAUCAAUUUGAAGUGAAUAAUGAAAUCACUCCGGCUUUGGCACCACCUCCAAAAUCGCCUAUGGGAAACAAUGCUUUUUCCGAUAAUUCACCGAGAUUUAAUCCAUUCGAUAAAGGAGAUUUUACAGCUUUUUCUUCUGGAGAAGGCGAAACUGAACCUUACGAAGGUGGUUUUAAAACUUCCGAUUCGCAAGAAACUCCUCCUACCCCUUUGUUCGAUGAAGAUAUGUCACAACCUUUAGAAGAUUUUCCAAGAAUUCAUUAUUCGGGAAAAGGAUGGGAAAUGCAACUCAGACAACCUAAUAAAAAAAAAAUUACGGGACAACGGUUUUGGAAAAAAAUAUUUGUCAAGUUAGUUUAUCAGGGAGACAAUCCCGUACUACAAUUGUUUAAUUUAAAAGAGGAUCGAGAUCCAUUUCAAGAACUUCCACUUCAAGCUUGUUAUUCCGUUUCUGACAUAAGUGCUCAGCAAUAUGAUCAAUUUGGAAAAAUUUUCACUGUUAAAUUACAAUACAUUUUUUAUAAGGAGCGGCCAGGUGUUCGGCCUGGACAAGUCACCAAAGCCGAAAGAAUAACAAACAAGCUGAGCCAAUUUGCAGCUUAUGCCAUUCAAGGAGAUUAUCAAGGCGUAAAAGAAUUCGGGAGCGAUUUGAAAAAAUUGGGUUUACCAGUCGAACAUGCUCCACAAAUUUCACAACUUUUGAAACUUGGCUGCAUGUCCUACGAAGAUUUAAAACAAUUUAGCGUCACUCUCGAGGAAUGUCUCUUUCAAAUGCCCGUUCAUAGAGAUCGAGCUCUCAAUUAUAAGAUGGAAGAAGUUCAAAUAACGGUCGUCGAUGAAAUUUACGUCGAACAGAAUGCCGUGGGUCACGUGGAAAAACAAAUAGCAAGAGUUAGGCUAUUUUUUUUGGGAUUUCUAUCAGGAAUGCCUGAUGUCGAAUUGGGUUUGAACGACAUGUGGAGACAGGGGAAAGAAGUUGUAGGACGACAUGAUAUAAUUCCUGUAGUCACGGAAGAAUGGAUACGAUUGGAAGCAGUCGAAUUUCAUUCAUGCAUACAACAGGAAGAAUAUGAAAAAACAAGAACGAUUAAAUUUAAACCUCCUGACGCAUGCUAUAUUGAACUCAUGAGGUUUAGGAUAAGACCACCAAGAAAUAGAGAACUGCCUUUACAAUUAAAAGCAGUUAUGUGUAUUACCGGGAACAAGGUGGAAUUACGAGCAGACGUUUUAGUCCCAGGUUUUGCCAGUAGAAAACUUGGACAAAUUCCUUGUGAAGACGUCAUGAUAAGGUUUCCAAUUCCUGAAUGCUGGAUAUAUUUAUUCAGAGUAGAAAAACAUUUUCGUUACGGUUCUGUUAAAUCUGCACAUAGACGGACGGGAAAAAUAAAAGGAAUCGAAAGAUUUUUGGGAGCCGUCGAUACCCUAGAACCCAGUCUUAUGGAAGUUACAAGUGGACAAGCUAAAUACGAACAUCAACAUCGCGCAAUAGUUUGGCGAAUGCCCAGGCUACCCAAAGAAGGCCAAGGAGCUUAUACAACUCAUAAUUUGGUAUGUCGUAUGCAGUUGACAUCUUUCGAUCAAAUUCCAGAAAAUUUGGCAGAAUAUGCUUACGUCGAAUUCACGAUGCCUGCCACACAGGCAUCGCAUACAACGGUGAGAUCUGUUUCCUUAUCAAACACCUCCAGUGAUAAUCCGCCGGAAAAAUAUGUUAGACAAUUAGCACGUCACGAAUAUAGAGUUGGAAUCGAACAUGUUCAUACUGAAGAAACGGCAGCAUACGAAGCAGCAACAAUGAUAAAACCAAAAGUUACCGAAACCGUACCUGAAACUCCAGCAGUUCCUCCCGAAUCCGAUUCCGAUUCGUUUGAAUAA